CUGGGCCUAAACCGUAAAGAGCGGCUGGCCGGUAGAAUUCAGUCCGUUAUUUAGAGACUCAUUAGUGCUGCACGUAUCUACAUUUUUAAUGUAGGCUGCAGAUCAAAUGCUUGUAAAAUGGAAAGUGUCAGAAAUCUGGAGGAUGAAACAUUUCCAAGCUUUCUGUUGCAAUCUGAGAGGGGCAAUAGCAGUGAAAUGCUAGAAAAUGUCACUGUCUCAUCAAAUUUUGGACUGCCUAUGGCUGCUUCAACAGUUGCUAAAGAUAAAUCUGAUUCCGGGAAGAGACCACCAGAUGUUCAAUCUUCAUACUUGGAAGAAGGAAGGUUUUCUACAGUAGAUGCACAUCCAUCUAAUGUUUCGAACUCUGAAACCUGUCAAAAGUUUGCACUUAGUUUUAAAGAUGAGUUGGAACAUGUUGAUGACUUCCUUGAUGCUCACUGUAUUCCUGAUGUGAUGGAAAAGCUUUUGGAUGAAUUUGGUUCUUUGCCUUCAAAAGGAAAUCUGCAACGUGCGUUACCAGGGCAGUAUAAUAAUGGACAAGAUAACAAAUUGGAAACAUUUUCUGUUGGCAAGCUGGAUGAGAGAUCUCCUCUGGACUGUUUGACUGAUAAUGAGAAAACAAAUAAGGUUGAUGGCACAAAGGACCCUGCUACAAAAGAAAUGGAUGACGAUUUGGGAAUAAGACGAUACAGCGACAGUCUAGCUAGUUUGUUGGAAGAUGAAAGACUGUUGUCACUGGCUAGUUUAGAAGAUCAGUCCUCAGAUGAUGAGUUUGCCGCUGAAGCAUUUGGUGAUGAGAGGCUGGAAGCUUAUUUCAAACAGUUGGUCCCACCAGGAACACAGAGGGGUCACACUGAAGGACAAGAACUCCCUGAAGUCCAUGCUGCAUUUCAAGUGACCACUAAUAAUCCAACCAGAUGGCACCAGGGUAAUUUUCAAAUGCCUCCUGUUCGACAAGAAGCUACUGGAAUGGAUUCGGCACCAUCAAGUGGUCCAGAUACAGAAGAUGAGUUGGAGGCUGCCCAGCAGAGUGCUUUGCAAGGACACUUGUCUCGAUCAACAAGGCAAUUGCUUGGAGAGAGUAAUCAUCCCAGCUUUAGACCAGGAUUGGAAGGCGGUAGUUCUGAUGAGUCCAUUGGACCACUUGAUGAAUUAAAUGACAUUGGAUUUGAAUUUAGAAGAGGAGCAGAGGGUCAGGUCAUAAACUCACCAGUUGGGGGUGGUGGAGGGGAUGGGAGUAGUGGAAAUGAAGAAGAUGGCAAUGUUGGUGCAUCAGCUAGUCUUUCUAAUUCUACAACCUAUGGUGAUCGAUGGGGAUGUAAAAUGGUGGAUAGAAAUGUAGCUGGUGAAGAAGGUAACCAUGAUCGUACAGCAACUGUUCUGUCUAAUACUGCAACAGUUGAAAAUUUGCAAGGCCUCAGAAUGAUGGACAGGAAUGUUGCUGGGCAAGAUGAACCACACACUGUGCUACCAUCACAAGGAGAUAGGGAAUUUGCUGAGCAAAAUGAGACAGAGGGUCGGUUGGACCCUGUAGGCAAUGGAAAAGUCAUCACUGCAGUCCCUGGAAUAUCUCUUAAUUUACCUUCUAGAAGAAGUUCAACUCAUCACCAGGAAACUUUAGAAGCUGUGAAUACCAGUGUAUGUAAUGAAAUGAAGCUGGAUUCUGUGUAUUUUCGUGCUGUGAGUGGUAAUGUCACCACAGAUGACCAGUUACUUUCUACUGUCGAAGGCACCCCCUUCCGUCUUUCACACAUUGCGUACACACCUUCUGGAAAUGGCAUUACGGAUUUGCGAGAUGGACCUUGUGGCGACAUAAUGGGCCACACAGCAGCUAGAGGAAGCGGUGAUGCUGAUGAGUCGUUAAGUGCUGAUUUGGGUCCACCUCUUGCUGCUGCCUACUUAUCACCUGUGUAUCCAGUUGGAAGUACAAGUGAGAUGUGGCGUGACUCUUCAAAAAGCUCUCCUUUUCAUAAGCAGCAGAAAGCUGAUUGGAGCACUGGGUGUUCUCAAUGGGAUAAUGAGAAAGGGCAGAGACAAAGUGUGGUUUAUCAAAAUGAAGAAGGGAACUGGGUGACAGAUCUGGCUUAUUAUUAUUCACUGGAUAAAGAACAGGAUCACUUUAGCCUACCAACUGAUUUAGUCAAUAGUAUUCAAGAAGAAACUUUCAUAUCUGGCAACAAAGCUGUUGCAUUGAUUGAAGAAGAUCAAGAGGAGUUUGAGGAAGAAAAUAAGUUCACUAAGGACGAUAAAAUGGAUGCCACCUUUACGGAUGGAUCGCUUGGAAAUGAUUCCUGGCAGCUGCCAGCUAAUAGCUACUUGAUGUUGAGAGCAUCACAGGCAGGAUCUGAUUUUAUGCAAGGCAGUCAGAGUUAUCUCCGUCUCACUCUGGGAGAAUUCUUCAGUGAAAGAUCAGAGGCUCUUGGAUGUCUUGGAGAACAAAACAGUGGCAUAAAACGGCCUUCAUUUGGAUAUUCCAUAACAUCACCAGAACGCAGAGCACCUGUUGUUUUAUUUGAACCUGAUGUUUCGAAAGACCACAGUGAAACCUCUGAGCUUUGCAAUGACAAUGCACUUCAUUCAGAAUUGAGAUGCACAGAUCAAGAGACUAUUGCAGAAAUUUCAACUAUAUUUCCAACUGAUAAGCAAACUGGAAAUGACAAAUUUCAAAUUGACAAGGAACCAAGUUCAAGAAUUCACGUGAAUGAAAGCGGGAAUAUGCAAUAUAUGAGUUCACCUGUGAAAGCUGAAGAACCUAGAGCGUGCAAUGGCACAGAUUCUGUUUUAAGUAUAAGUACAAUUGCUUCUGCCAUAGCUGAUGCUUCUGUGAGUGCUGAUCCAUCUCAGUUAGCUGCAAUGAUUUUGGAACUUUCUAAUAAGAACAGGAAGAAAAAUGAGCCUGCAGCUAUGAGCACAAAACCAAAUGUGCAAUUGCAGGACCAGAAAAGUAAUAUGAAGGAUUUGGGUGUUAUGGUGGAGAAGGUUUGUGAAAGAUCUGAGACCAAUGAAAGUCAAGAGCUAAAAUCUGAAUUUAAACAAACGUCCGAAUCUGUUUCUAUUUGUAGUUCAGAUUCUAUUGGUUCUUCUGAAAAUUCCAGGAAUCCUCCCAGCAUGUCAAAUUCAUUUUCAGAAAAAUCUUCCUUAAGUAGCACCAGUAAGGAAGAAAGUAAGAAAUCUGUGCUUUCAAAUGAAGAGUUGUGCCAAAACAAUCUAAAGAAUGACAGUAGCUAUUGCAAAUCAGUUAAGGAUAGGAACCGACCACAUGGUCAAAAUGAUAGCACAGAAACCUGUACACCUGAAUCAAGUAGAUUUCAAGGUCAUAAAGGUGGCUAUAGCCAGUUCACCAAUGCAAAGUGGAUGACAAAAGAGGGAUUUGUGAACAACCGAGCUUUUUCAAGUGGAAAUGCAUUGACUGAGGUGCCAAAUAUAGACUGUACUGUUUCUGUGGUUGAGAAACAUGAAGAAUCUCCUUCAGCUAUUUCGAAGAAACUUUCCGUGCAGAAGAGAGAGAAUGAAGCUUACUUGGAAAAAUCUCUUCAGAAAGCAAAGGCUGAAAGUGUGUCAGAGAUGAAACAAAAAGAUGUUAAAAAGAUGUUUUCAGAAACGUCUUAUGAGAGAGUGUUAAGAGUAGAACAUCAAGAUUUAAAAAUCCCUGUUUCUCCAGAACUCACUGUUGUUCAUGGUGUGACUGUGAAUAAUUCCAGUUUGCAUCAUCCAAAAUUGCAGACCAUUGAACCAGUGGAGCAAACAUAUAUAGAAUCGAUAAGUGAAGACAACAAAGAGAUAGAAGUAAUUUCAAAGCUGCAAGGAGAGAGAGAUGAACAAGAGAGUUCCAAUUUCAAUAAUCGGAAAGUGUGUGCCAACUUUCAACAAUAUGAUCAGGCACAAGUUGCACCAAAAAACAGCACUACUGAUCACACCUGUGCAGCAGAUCAACUAAAUUUGAGGCCAUUAACUCACUCAUCACCAGGCCAAAUAUCAGAUUUCCCAACUCCCACAAGCAGUUCCUCCUCAUUGACACACUCCAGUGCAAACCUUACUAGAUUGAGCUAUAUUUCUGGAAUUGAUGCAACACUACAAAACAGCACCGCCAUUGGAAGUCCAGUGAAUUCAGAGAAUGACAAAACCAUUGAGCUAAGCACAACAAUUAUUCGAUCCAGUCCCACACCAACACCAGAUCAAACUAUUGUUAAUUCAAGUGAUUUGACGUUUUCAAGCUCUCUGGAAGGACCUAAAAGUUGUGAGCAAGAUUUGCAAGAAAAAAAGUUGGAUUAUGAUAAACAGCCAAGUGAUCAGACCAAAAGUCCUGAGAGUCGAGAUGGAAAAGCACAUGCUUCGCAAACAACUGAUAACCUAACUUCUCCACAAUCUGAGAAAGCAAAGAUUCACCCAAGUAAGCAGCAGUUGGAUGUUUUCCUUUCAGCAUCAGGCAAGCCAAUGGCAUCUGAAAAUCCAUCUACACUACAAAAAGCUAAUCAUGUUUGUCUAUCUUGGCAGGACAAGAUUAACAGAAUACAUUGUGCAGAAUCAUUGAAUGCUCCCUGUGCGACUAGUAGUGGAUUAAGCGUUCUCCCACCAUUAAAUACUGAUUAUAGAUAUACACCUAUUUCGAGCUUUAAACCUCCAGCAACGUCUUCACAGGUGCCCAUGGCAGGUUCAGCAUUACUUACUGGGCAUUCAUUGGCCCAGCAGUAUCUGGGAGCACUGACUUCCACUGCCAAUUGUUUAAAUGUGCCUUUGACUUCAUGCUACUUGGGCAACACUUUGUCGUCUAAUAUGCAUAGUCUUGCAGCUGGUUUACCUGGUGCUCAUGUACUCAUGGAGAACAUUCGUGCAUUUGGAACUCCACUUGAUCCCAAAUUAGGGACAAGAAUGCUUAACUCGGCGCAGCUUUACAGUGCACAUCCUGUACCCUUGGAUUCUAAUUUCAUAACGCAGCCUGUUAGUUACCAACCUUCUAGAAUAGGCAUGUUUGAUCAGUGGUCAGGUGGACUUCAGCUGAAAGAUAUUGGUCAAGUGCUGGUCCCAGAGGAAUUGAAGUUUCCAAACUCCUGUUGUGUUGGAAUAGCAUCACAAACAUCUCUCAGUAUGUUUAAUCCAACUGAACGAUGGAUGCAAGUCUCUAUUGGAAUUGUUAGUGUUUUGGUGAAUGGAGAGAAGAUGGAUGCAUUUGCUCACCAGUGCUGGAUAUUCAAGAACAAAACCAUCAUUGGCCCCCAUGUUACUGAAGAUUUAAAACUGAUGUUCCUUCCACGGCACUCGGGAAUUUUUCAGUGCAUCAUUUGUGUCUCCUCCUGUCCAGUCUCUUCAGAUGCCAAUACAAUUGUCAGAGCAGAAGCACUUGCUAGGAGAGUAGUUAUUACAGCUGUGGCCGAAGACCCAUUGAUUGAGGUUUUGGCAGGGAAAAACAGAAGCUUGGACUUUGGUGACUUGGUGCCUGGCAGUGACAAAGCGCUAUCUCUCAAACUAAUCAACAGGACUCACGCCACUGUUCCGAUUCGACUUGUCAUCAGUGCAAAUGCUGCUGCAUGGAGAUGUUUUACAUUUUGCAAGCCUGACGCAUUAGCAGAAACUGCACUGCGGACUGAAAGUACCUCACCAUUAGUGGCCCCAUCAGUCAUGAAUCAUGUGAUGCAAGCCAGCUAUGAAGGAGAGGAUCCAGAAAGUUUUAUUUUGUGGGUUCAUUUUCAUGCACCACAAAAAUACAUCCGCAAUGCAGACCCUUUAGGUACAGCUGAGGACUACUUUGCAAGAGUUGACAUCGAGGUUGACACCCCUGGCCCCUGUACUGUCAUUAACAGUGUACCACUCUGCGCAAGAGUUGGAAUUGCUAGAAUACAUGCUCCCAAAGACCUACAGAUGCUCGUAAUGUGUGCUCAGCCCGGAAUGAUAGCUAAGCAAAUUCUACCUCUCAAAAAUGCAGGAAAUAUUGAUGCACAACUCAAGAUUCAGACUGCAGAAUCGUGUUUUUUGGCAAAGCCAGAAAAUCUUUUAAUUCGACCUGGAGAAGAACUGGAAGUUGUGGUUUCAUUUAUUCCUCCACUAGAUACCCAAAGUGUGAUACAAAGCCACUUGACUAUCCUCGUCCAGCCAUUUGGUCCUCAGUAUCAAGUUGCUUUAAAAGGAUUGCUUGGGAAACCUGAAUCAGUCCAAUCUAUCACUUCAUCUUCAAAUUCUUCAACUGGUGUUCCACCAAUUCUCUCCAACAAGCAAUUCAUGUCAUGGGGUGGAGUUUCUCUCGGAAGGGCUGUUCAACAGAAGCUAAUUCUCAGAAAUAAUUCUUCAUCUGUUAUACAACAGUUACGACUGUUGAUCAAAGGUCAAGAUCAAGACUGCUUUCAGUUACAGAGCACUUUUGGUCCUGAAGAAAGACGAAGUGGUAGUCGGGAGUUGAUGGUUUGCCCGAAAGAAGAUGUCUGUGUUCAUCUUUUGUUUGCACCUACACGGGUUGCUUGCAUGUUGGCAAGGCUUGAAAUUAAGCAAUCUGGAAUGCGUUCAGGUCAACCAGGAGUAAAAUUCACUAUUCCGCUUUCAGGUUAUGGAGGAACAAGUAGCAUUAUAUUGGAAGAUGUUGAUCAACAAUCAGAUGGUUAUGUAAUGAAAUUAAAUGGUAUCACACCUGACAAAGUGACCAAACUAACUUUCCGUAUGAGAAAUACAGGCUCUCGGGCUGCGUAUGUUCAGGCAGCUUGUUUCUCAGAUUUACAAAUGACGACUUUUAUGACCACCAAUGCUGUACAUGUUUCUCCAGCACAAUUUGUUCUCAAGGAACGGACUCAAGAGACAAUUACUGUAACCUGCCAUUCCAAUUUAAGAGAAUACCUGGACUGUAAAAUGGAUCCAACAUUGAUUUGUAGAAUUUGUUUCUUUUGGGGAGAUGAGGUGGCAAGGCAGCAACUAAGAAGGGCUCUUAGCCGGAGUCGACAUGCCCAUGAGCAUAUAGUUUGCAAUGACAGUCCACUUCGAAAGAUGAAUUUCGAUCAAACAUUUCCUGGUGAAGAGUUGAUAUUAGAGAAAGUCUAUGAUAUCCCAAAGAGAACAAAUGACAUCAAGAUAUUCUAUGCAAAUCUGAAAAAGGUGACACUCUCUGUUACUGGAAGCUGUGCAACUGAAAUCACUCAUUCAGAUGCUUUGGAUUCAUUUUCAUCAUCUCUUAGUAUGAGUGUUGAAUCAGAAAGCGUACUGGGAAGCGCAGAAAGGAAUCCAUCAAAUACAUCAUUAGAUGUUCUUCCAGUGAGAGGUCCACAUGGUUCUCCAUUAUCUUUGAAUGCUUCUAAUCAAAUGUUGAAGGAGUCACCUAAACAAAAAUUGUCAUGGAGUAUUCGGCCUGAAUAUUUAAUUCUUACUGUGCCAUCAGCUGAUGGAUCAGCGCAAACUGGACGUGUACAGAUUAUAAAUCAUUCCCCUAGGUCUUUGUCUUUUGAGAUGUCUUGGCCGGCGCACUCCUUAACAGUAACGCCCCAACAUGGAGUUGUUGAUCCAGAGAGCCAUUUAUUAAUUCUUGUGAGUCCAAACCCUUCUCUCAUUGCUAACCCUUCUGCUGUACCAUGGAGUGGUAAGAUCUAUGUGCAAUGUGACAACAUACAGCAGUUAAUUAAAGUACAAAUCCGUGAAGAUGUUAUAAUGGAUACUUCCGCAUCUGUAUUAAGCCCAUCUGCUGUGCUAGAUACGGAACCUUGGACACCUAACCUUAAUUUAGCAAAGCCUCUGUUAAAAUCUCCUCCUACCAAACUGAAGAUAAAGAACAGAACUGUGCACUUUCCCUUAACAGCAGCUGGGUCUACCUCGGAAUCAUUGUUGGAAAUUGAAAAUGGUGGCGAAGAUACUGUGCAGUGGUUUUUAUCCUCGUUUGCACCUCCAUAUGUAAAGUGGGUGGAUGAGAGUGGAGACAUUUACAGAGCAACCUACACAGUUUUUAGGUGCUCUAGAUUGUCUGGAACACUUCAAGGACUCAGUAAAGAGAAGUUGCCAAUUAUGUUUAUGCCUCGAGAUAAAGGUGAUUAUUCUCAGUUCUGGGAUUUGGAAUGUCGUCUGGCUGCUGAACCACACAGGAAACACAAGAUUCAGUUUCAACUUCAUGGAGCAGGCACAAAAGCUGAGGGGAGCUCCAAGGAAACAGAUUCAGCCACAAAACUGGUAAAAACUGAAACAUCGAUGAAAGCGAGGAAGUCUGUAUCAGGAAGAUUGGCCAGAACUGGACAAGAACAGCCACUUUUCAAAGGUGUAUUUGCUCCUGAGGAUUUAUACUCCUUUCCAGCUACGCCUGUUGGAGAAUCAAGCACAUUAAAGAUUAAUUUGCGUAAUAGUUCAUCUGUUGCGCACAUGCUGAAGUUUGUAAAUCCCAGGGAGCCAUUUUAUAUCAAGCAUUCCAAUUAUUCAUUGCGUGCUCAACACUACAUCAAUCUACCUGUCCGGUUCAAACCAGAGUCAGACGGCAGAUUCGAGGCACUGCUCGUGAUACAAACCGAUACAUGUGGAAGUCUCCCUAUUCGACUUAUUGGUGACGCUAUUAGAAAGGAGUAAAUGAAAAUCAAUUUUGUUAAAUUAAAUGUCUGGUUGUACUUUAAGAUCUGUCUUCAAGAAGAAAUUGUUCCACAGGAAACAGCAUUAUGUAAAAUUGUACAGUAAAUGGAAAACAUAUCUUUAUGUACAAAUUUGCAAAUUAUGCAUUUUAUAAAUUAAAUAUUUAGGCACUGGUGCCAUUUAACAUCAGCAUAAUGUCGUUCGUAAAGAGGGAAAGUAUUUUAGUACGCAUUUGUAGUAUACAAAAUAACAAUACCAAUUUACUGCGGCAAGGAGCUGUAAAAGUUUCUGCCUCUUCCUUCAUUAUUGUAUAAUUUUUUGCACAAGCUUAAUUUUUGUGGCUGUUUUAUGUACAUUUGAAAUAGUUCUUGCUGUAUAUUUGAAAUAAAGUUAG